GCAUGGGCGUUGGACCCUUCUGCAAUCUAGAUCAUAGCAUAGUUACUGCGUGAAAUGUACUUUCUUCUGAAGAGGAAGGCGCGUAAACUCCUCUUCUUCCUCCCUCCUCUUUGCGAGGCGUUCCAUCUGCUGGUGCUCUGCUGCGCGCUCCCGUGUUGGCUCGGGCUUUUAACUGACUUAACGGAAUUAGAACUCUGACUGAGCUCCGGUUUCAUCCAUCUUCUGAAGUUCAGUUCGGAGGUUCGGGUUGGAGACGGUUGGGAGUGUUUUGGGUUUGAAAGUCUAGUUUUAAGCGAAUAAAGGCAUGGAGGCUCAUGGAGUUCUCUCUCUGCUGUGCGUUGCGCUGUGCGCUGGGGCGCUCGCACAGCAGACCGACAGACCCAAGUUCUGGGAGUGUCCGGUGGACCUGUUCUUUGUGCUGGACACGUCUGAGAGUGUUGCUCUGAGGGCCAAACCUCCCAACUUCUACAUCGACCAGAUCAAGAGCUUUACUGAACGCUUCAUCAUGGAGCUCAAAGAGAUGCGCCAGCCAUGUGACCGCUCCCUGACGUGGAACUCCGGAGCGCUGCACUACUCUGAUGAGAUCAUCUUAGUGCGCCAGCUGAGUGACAUCGCCACCGAGCGCCAGGCGCUCAUCAGUGACAUCAAGGGCAUCAGCUACAUCGGCAAGGGAACACACACUGACUGUGCCAUCAAGAGAGGCAUCGCUGAGCUGCUCAUAGGGGGCUCCCACUACCAGGAGAAUAAGUACAUCGUCGUGGUGACGGACGGCCAUCCUCUAACAGGUUACAAGGAGCCCUGUGGGGGGUUACAGGAAGCUGCCAAUGAGGCCAGGCAACACGGGGUUAAAGUCUUCUCUGUCGCCAUAUCACCUGACCAGGAGGACACAAGACUGUCAGUGAUUGCUACAGACCAGAACUACAGACAAAACUUCACAGCAGCUGACAACAGCAGAUCCACCCAGCUACAGACCAUACGCAGCAUCAUAGAUAUGAUCACCAAUGAGACCAAGGAUGUGUGCUGCUCUUUCGACUGCAACGCUAAAGGAGGUCCCAAAGGACCAGUAGGAGACCUCGGGUCCAAGGGUGAAACAGGUAGACAGGGGAUGCCAGGGGAGAAGGGAGACAUCGGGGUAGAUGGGAAUUUGGGAGACCCCGGCCCUGUGGGGUACCGUGGAAUGAAGGGCGACCGUGGUGGAAGAGGUGACAAGGGCGAGAGAGGCCAUAAAGGCUAUAAGGGAGACAAAGGACAACGGGGAACAGAUGGAGUUGAUGGACGUAAGGGUGAUCCAGGCUUUUCUGGUCUAGCCGGCUGUAAAGGUUCCCCAGGACCCGAUGGCUCACAGGGAGACGGCGGUCCUAAGGGAGAUCCUGGUCCAUACGGAACCAAAGGAGCUAAGGGAGAUCAGGGGAAAGACGGAGAACCAGGACGACCCGGCAACUACGGACUGCCCGGAAUCAAGGGUACACCGGGCCCAAAAGGAGCCAAUGGGGACAAAGGACAGCGGGGUGAUGAUGGAGCACCUGGACCGGACGGCCUCCGGGGAGACAAAGGAACCCCAGGAGAGAAAGGAGAACAAGGAACCCGUGGAAACAGAGGACCAAGAGGAGAUUUAGGUGACCCAGGACCUCGUGGAGAUCAGGGCAGAGAGGGUUCAUCUGGAGCCAAUGGAGAGCCUGGUGACAUCGGCAGGGCGGGGUCUGCAGGAUAUAGAGGAGAUGAGGGCGCCCCCGGACCAGAGGGCCCCAAAGGACCAAGAGGGAUCAAAGGAGCUCCUGGAGACAGAGGCCAGAUCGGAACCAGGGGAGAAGAUGGGGCACCAGGAAAUGGAACUGAAGGUUGCCAUGGUUUCCAGGGUUACCCCGGGCCACGAGGGGGCAUUGGAGAGCCGGGCGGGAAGGGAACCCCGGGACCCAAAGGAGAUGACGGAGAGCCUGGAAACCCUGGCCUGGAUAACGACUCCCCAGGACUCCCAGGGAACAAAGGAGCCAAAGGUCACCGAGGACCUGAAGGAAACCCGGGACCAGUUGGGCCUCCCUCUCUCAGGGCUAAUGUGUCUGUCUGUCCUGAUGUAGAGUGUAAGUGUGGGCCCCUGGACCUGGCCUUCAUCGUGGACAGUUCUGAGAGUAUCGGCUCCACUAACUUCGCUCUAGCUAAAGACUUCAUCAUCACGGUCAUAGACCGCCUUAUUAAGGACCAGCAAGUUCGUUUUGGUUUUAAUGAGUCCAGGGUAGGCGUGGUGCAGUACAGUGGGGAUGGAGCCCAGGAGGCUGUCAGACUGGGAGACCCCAACAUUAACACACUGACUGAGCUUAAACAGGCGGUGCGGGACCUGCGCUGGCUGGCUGAGGCCACCUAUACAGGGGAGGCUCUGCAGUUCUCUCUGACCAACAUGAUUGACCGUCUGCAGCAGGAGAACCGCGUGGUCCUAGUGCUCACUGACGGACGCUCUGAUAUCACCAGAGAUAAAACACCGCUCAACACACUCUGUGGGAAGGGUAUCAAGGUGGGAGGUCUGGGAGUGAAGGACUACUCUGGCCGUCAGCCCAACCAUGAACAGCUCAGUGCUGUGGUCUGUACGAGCGACCCUAAACCAGGCUUCUCCUUCGUACUGGAGAACUUCGCUGAACUGCUGGAUGACAGCUUCUUACAGAACCUCACCACACGCAUCUGUGAAGAUAAGAAGUGUCCUAACUACAAAUGUCCCAUCUCCUUCUCAGGGGACACAGACAUCGUGUUGAUGAUGGACAGUUCAGCCAGUGUGGGACAGAGGAACUUUGACUCCAGCAAGACCUUCGUCAAGCGUCUGGCUGAGCGCUUCCUGUCUGCCGAGAGGUCCGGCCGUGCUGCCGUGCGUGUCGCCGUGGGCCAGUACAGCCGUGAACGCCGCAUGGAGGCGGAGCUGACCUCUAACCUCACCCUGCUGACCAGUAAGAUCGAUGCCGCCACCUUCCAGAAUGACGGUACUGACGUUACCAAGGCGAUGGCCUUCGCCAUGGAGCAAUUCAAGACAUCAGGGGGCGGGAACAGGAAGAGGAAGCUGGUGCUGUUCUCUGACGGGAGGUCGCAGGGCGUUACCGAGGCGAUGCUGGAGAAGCGCGUACGGCUGGUGUCAGAGGCGGGAGUGGAGCUGUACGUUAUCACCGUGGGCAACCAGGUGAGCGAGGCCAACCUGCGCUCGCUGGUCAGCAGGGGGAGGAGUUACGACGUCACCUACGCCCAGCGCCACCUGUUCCGCGUCCCAGACUACCCAUCUCUGCUGCGUGGCGUGUUCUACCAGACCGUGUCCCGCAGGGUCUCCCAGGCCUGAGUGCAGGGGUCAGGGCUGGGACCACAUGCUUUAGAGUUUAGUCUCCCUCAUUAUGAAUGUCCAUUCGUACUUCGUCGCUAAUUUACGAUCACUGUGUUUUAGUUGUGUUUUUAUGUCUGAUAAUGACAGAAGACGAUUGUGUGUCAGACUGUGUAAGAGAUUCUGUUACACUGUGUUCAUGUGCUCUCUGAAUUAUCAGGACCAACCGGGAAACUCCUGAAAAACUCCCGUAACAGAAACUAGUUUCAGAUGUCUAAAACAGUUUGUUAUGAGCUUCUAAGUUGUAACAUCUCCCAGUCAGACUGUUCCCAGAUCCAUAAUUCCCAGUCAGACUUUUCCCAGUUCCAUAAUUCCCAGUCAGACUUUUCCCAGUUCCAUAAUUCCCAGUCAGACUGUUCCCAGUUCCAUAAUUCCCAGUCAGACUGUUCCCAGUUCCAUAAUUCCCAGUCAGACUGUUCCAGGUUCUACAAUUCCAAGCAGCACAUGAACACAGCAUUAAACAGGAAGGUUACUGUAAAAUAAUGGGUUUUUUUUGUGUGUUUUUUUUUAACAAACUUAUUUUAUGUUGUUUUUAGAUCAGAGACAGAACAGGAUAUGACAUCACUCCAUAUGUUUUAAACAUCAAAGUUAAACAUUAAACAUCCUCCCUAUAGACAACCUGGUCAAAAUGAAGAUACUGAACAGCUGGACACAGACUGCUAACGUAUGUAUGUGUUUAGGGGAGGGGGUCUCUAAUGUCCAGUAUAUCAUGUAGCAUUUUCUCUAUAAACAGUUUGUCUGGGUUCACUUGUUUAGAUGAUGACAGACACACAUACACACACAACCACACACACACUCCUCUCUGUAUCAGCCUCAUUAACGCUUGAAGGCUACCAACCGUAAACUUUGUUUUGGAUGGAUUAUUCAGUCCUUCAACGUUCCAGGUAACAGAUGUGUGUGUUGUCAGCAGGGAAUUCCCUCUAUGUAAUAAAUCAUUAAUCCUCGGUGCUAUCGUUCAGAGCAAGUGUCUCAGUGUCAGAUGACCUCUGUAGCAGUAGACUUCUACAUGUAAAACUGAUGUCUUGAUCUGAAAGAAAACAUUUUGUUUGGACCAAGCGAGCUGCUUCAUUAAAUGCCGCGUCACCCCCCCAAUAAA